CAGCUUUUAACCUUAUUACAUGAUCUUCCUCAGUGGAUGGAGUUGGGACUGAAAAACACCACACACAGCAUGAGAAACCCUACUGUGAUGUUACUCUGUGUGUAAUACACGCAUCAGGCCACCAGAGAGCAGUACACAGUUGAAUAGCAACUGUGUCAACAGUGACUUACAGGACUGAAAGCAUUGUUAUGGGAAGCCGUAAUGAGAGCCUUGAACUAGUUUGUUGAAGCUGACAUGGAGAGCGACUCUGAAACACACAGUGGUGAAGAUACUACUCCUGAUGACUGGAUGGAAUUGGCUGAUGACAGUCCUGAUGGAAGUCCUGCUUACAUUCCGGCCGACACUCCAGGUGCCAGUCCAGCCAACAGUCCUGCUGCCACACAGAAACCCUCAGAAAAAGAGGAUUUUAAACUGUCCCUAAUCACCUGGAACGUGGACGGGAUUAAUGGGGAAAAACGUCCAGAGCGUGCCAGAGGCCUGGUUAAAUAUUUAAACUUAUACAAACCUGAUGUGGUGUUCCUGCAGGAGCUCAUUCCCCCUUAUGUCCAGUUCUUGAAGAAACGGUUUGCGAGCUACCUGAUGAUUGAAGGUGCUGAGGAAGGUUACUUCACAGGGAUGUUGCUGAAAAAGUCACGAGUCACAUUUGUGGAGAGUGAGAUAGUACCUUAUCGCACAACUCAGAUGAUGAGGAACCUGCUUGUUGCUCAGGUGAUCGUCGAUGGCCAGAAGCUGUGCCUGAUGACAUCUCACUUUGAGAGCUUUAAGGCAUGUUCUAAAGAGCGUAUGAAUCAGCUGCAUGUGGUGAAGUGGAGGUUUAAACAUGCACCUGAUGAUGUCACCGUUGUGUUUGGGGGAGACACAAACCUGAGGGACGCGGAGGUGACCAAGGUGGGCCUGCCUGCAACUGUCUGUGAUGUGUGGGAGCGACUGGGCAAGCAGGAGCACUGCCGCUACACGUGGGACACCACUACUAACACCAAUCAGAAUAUUUCUACACCUGCUCGCUUCCGCUUUGACAGAAUCUACCUCCGCCCGGCUAUCAAACGUGGAGUCCCACGUCUGGCCCCUGAUCACAUGGCCUUGGUGGGGCUGGAGAAGCUGGACUGUGGACGCUACACUAGUGAUCACUGGGGAAUCUACUGCACCUUCACAGCUGAAUAGAACUACACAAAACAACCAAAAACAUGACAGUUAAGCAUUUUAUUUUAGAUCAGCUGCUCUUUAAAUUACUGUAACACUAUGCAGGAAGAUGUUCUUAUUGCCUGUAAAUGAUUUGUCUUAAUUUAAUCAGUUCAGUUUAAUUUAUUCCUCUAAUGUGUGUCUGCUUAAGUGUUUUAUGUGGUUAAAAUGGCCAAUUAAAAUAUGAA